GUAAACUGGCAGACAACUGCAGUGCAGUUAGUCGUUAUAGCCAGCAAGAUGACAACGAUUGUGCGGGAAAUGAAAGUCGAUGAUAUCGAUGAGGCAAGCCUCUUUGUACGCGAUCAUUUCUAUGGCCACGAGCCACUGAUGCUCACGCCCGGGGAUCACCCGUUGAUCUAUGACGAUCCGAAGAAGCGCGAGUAUCGCCUAUCGCUCGUACGACAGGGCACCUCUCUAGUUGCCGUCGAUCAGAGUAAGGAAGGUCGCAUUGUGGGCGUGGCAUUUGCGGGUGUAAUGCAUCCCAGCGAUCUGGAGCAGAACUGGAGCGAGGUCAAUGAGCAGAAGCCGAAGCUGUUAAUUGAGCAUAUUCAUUACUUUCUCUGCAAUAUUAAGAAGCACGCGCAGUUCUUCGAGCACUAUGACGUCACGGAUGCUCUUUAUUUAAAAACUUUGGCUGUGGACUCAUCGAUGCGUCGUCAGGGACUUGCUCGACGGCUUGUAGUUACGCUCAUGGAGCUGGGUCGCACCAGAGGCUAUCCCCUGAUGGUGGCCACCUGCACGGGCCAAUACUCGACGCGUCUGAUGGCCUCAUUGGGCAUGGAAUGCGUCCACUCGGAGCUCUAUGCGGACUACAAGGACGCGGAUGGCAACGUGGUAAUUCAGCCGCCGGAGCCACACACCGAGGCGAGUGUAAUGGCUAUUAAACUGCAGGAAAUGCCUUCCUAUAAUCCGGGACUGUAUAAGACAUUUUUCUGAUAGCACAGUACGAGACUCAAUAAGACAUACGAGGCUAAGCCAGCACUAUAUAAGGUAUUCAAUAAAUCCACGUGAAACCACGUGACAUGCAAACGUUGAUAAGCCCA